UCCGUGAUGUCAAGAGUCACUUGCAUCAAAGCAUUAUUUAGACAACGCUAAACUUUCCGAUCUUUUUGAUUAAUUUUGCUGUUAUUUUCCCAUUAAUUUGUGUUCAAGUCAUUGUGAUAAAGACCUUACAGUACCAACUGAAACGAUGUCGAAUAAUGUGGAGAACCUGUCGCCGCAAAUUAUUCGUGGUGUUGUUAAGGAAAUGCAGGAUCUAGUCAAUUCACCACCUGAAGGAAUAAAAGUUCAAAUAAACGAAGAAGACGUGACCGAUAUUCAAGCAUUCAUUGAGGGGCCUUCGGGUACACCUUACUUCGGUGGUAAUUUUAAAGUAAAACUGUCCCUUGGCAAAGGAUUUCCAACUGAACCGCCUAAAGCUUAUUUUCUUACCAAAAUUUUCCAUCCAAAUGUAGCGGUAAAAGGGGAAAUAUGUGUUAAUACCCUAAAAAAGGAUUGGAAAUCUGAUCUCGGAAUUAAACACAUUUUACUUACCAUAAAAUGUCUUUUAAUAGUACCAAAUCCAGAAUCAGCUUUAAAUGAGGAAGCGGGUAAACUUUUGUUGGAACAUUAUGAUGACUAUUUCCAGAGAGCAAAGAUGAUGACUGAAAUACAUGCCCAGCCUCACAAAAGUAAAGGAGUGCUCACAGAAGGGCCUUUGGCAAAAAAAUUGGCUAGCGACAAAAAUAAGCUAACAGCUGAAAAAAAAAAGUUAAAAGACAAGAAGAGAACACUCAAACGUUUAUGAGAGCCUGCGUAAUUAGCUAUUUGAAUAUGUUUUUUUUUAAUUAAUUUAUGAAGCAUUUUUAGACCUUGAUUUCAUUGUUUUCCAAAUGUGUGUGUUUUUUUUAGCACAUUUUUUGUAUUGCGAAGGUGGUAUUCAGUUUGUUGACGGUGUUUGUGUCUGUGAAAUCAAAAUGUUACAUUGGUCAGUGUCUUUGGACUCGGAGCUUCUGGCUCUGAUAGAGUUUUGUAAGCUACUCCAAUUUGUGGGUUUGAAUGAAAAAAUGUUAGGGCAUAUCUUAAGGAUGUUGACUGGAGGUACUCAAAGUCUGAAGUUUCAGGAAUCAAAAUAAGUGGCAGUGAAAUUAUUAACCUAUCAUUUCCUAUGACCAUUAGCAGCAUUCUAAAUACAAUUGAUGCCCACAAAUUUAUAAGGGGAUAGCCAUUUAUUUUGUUAACGAGAGUACAAUGAUUUUAUUAAUUUGUUUUAAGUGAGGCAUUUUUUUUAUGUUGUAGUGCAAUUAAAUCUUGAUUUCAGACUAUUUUCUAAGUACAUUGAAAGUUCCAUUCAAAUUGUGUUUUUGUAGUGUUUAAUUUUUGUCACUUUUGAAUAAAUUAAUUCCAUUUAAUUGUGGUAUUAUAAUGCGAACUUAAUCUUAAAUUAGAGUUUAUUAUACUUUUUAAAAAACUUCUGGAUUCCUCCUGCGUCGGUUUUUGUUGACUCGAACUUGCUAACGUUUCGGCAAUCAUGACAGUUUCACUCAAGCUCUGAAGAAGCCAACGGGAUGAUUGGCAAAACAUUAGCAAGUUCGACUCAGCAAAAACCGACGCAGGAGGCAUCCAGAAGUAUUACAGUAGCCAACAGUAGCCAGUGGAAGUUUCUUUUAAACAUUACGAGUUUACCAUCUAUUUUUUUCAUGCCUUUUGUUUAAUCCCCACAUUAUAGGGCCGCAUUGUAUGAUUUUUAUGAACUUUUUUCUAGAAGCAUAUUAAGAGAUCAUCGCCCAAGUGUGUGGAUGCUACAUAACUUUUUUAGAAGCGAUUUUCGUAGAAAGCUUAUUAGCAAGUAUUUUUAAAUUAAAAAAAAAAUUGUACUCAAACACCCAAAUUCCUCUUUACCUCUUUAGAUAUAUUUUCCAGAAAUUUUUAAAUUUAAUUUAAUUAAUUUAAAUUUUAUUUUUAACUCGAAUUGUAUAAGGAAAAUGACUAUAUGAACAAUUAUUCCUAGUUUAAAAUUUAAUGUCUAUUGCAGAGUUUCUUUUCUAGGCUAGCCACAAGUAAACAGAAGCAGAUUAGUUCAAGAGAAUAAAAACGAUUUUAUUAACAUAAAUAAUUUAAAAUGGUAAUUACGUUUUGACUAUAUUAUAAAGGACUUUUAAUGAAAUGAAAUAAAAAUAUUAAAAGUUCUGGUUAGAAGGAAAUAGAAGUUUUAAUAGCUUAAGAAUCUUCAUUUUGAACUAGAUAAUUAAAAAAAAGAGAUUUGAUGGUUUUAGAAGGUAGAAAAAAUAUAGCGUCAUAUUUUCAAACAAAAAAUUGCUAAAAAAGCUUGUACAAAAAUCGUGUCUGAAGAAAAUUAACAUGCACGCUUAAAUAACCUUCACCCCUAAAAAAUUAUUUCAAGUCGUGGACUCCCGGUUACAUUAACUGCGGUUGUUAGGUCAAUUUUAUACACAAUGUAGGAAUAGGUAGCACCUAUUGGAUGACUUCCAAAAACUUCAACUCCAUUGGAUUUUUUCGUCGGCUGAAGUUUCAUCAAAUCUGGUGUUUCCUACCUUGAGUUCGGCGAGUUCGACUUGUACCUCAGCAGCACCAUCUUUUCGAUCACGCGCCUAAAAAUUACCCACGGUUCGUAUACUCGCAAAGU